GUUGUGUUUGGGCACGACACACGUCGAGCUCUGUGCUCUGCUGUUUAGCUGAGGCCAUAGAGAACCAUGCGGUGCUUCUCUAGCGCAUCCUUGCUGGUUGUGAGCGCGACGUGCUGCCAUGGCUUCGUUUCUCCUGGAGCUGUGGUGGCGAAGCAAGCUAGUUCUCGGGGAAGGGUGCAGGCUGUGACGAUGGCAGCUGAGUCCUCGGGACCGACCAGCCGAGGGCAGGCAAUCGCAGCUGCUGCUGCCGGUUUGCUAGCGACUGUUGGCGGCGUUUCAGCGGCGGGGGCGGGGACGACGGUUCCCGAGUCGCUGCCGGCGUGCCCCACGGAGGGGAACUGCGUUAGCUCCACCUCGUUCAAGUUGGUAAUGCAAGGACGAUACAUGGCGCCUUGGUCCUACACGGGCGACAGCAAGGAUGCUUCCGUUGCGUUCGCUAAACUGCUCAAGGCGGUGGAGAACGACCCCCAGCUGAAGUUGGUUGACCAGGACGCCGACGCAUUGUACAUAUCAGCGAUGGCCAAGUCGGCCGUUCCUCCGGAUGGGUUCGACAAGGUCGAGUUCCUCUUCAAGCCGUCGGAUGGUUUGGUGUCGUUUCGAUCCAAGAGCCUGAAGAACGUGUACGCCGGGCCGGUCAUUGUUGGAGACGGUAACUCCAACCGGAACAGGUUGGAAGCACUCCGGAAGAAGCUGGGAUGGCCCGAAGAGGGCAUCGACAACUACAUGCGAGAUCAGGGGAUCGACAGCGGGACAUCUCGUGCUAAGGGUUACCUCAGCGAGUUCGGGUGGAGGAAGGUAGAGAGCCAGUCCUACGGCGAGGAGGACGAGUAUUGACACCGAUAUGUCGAUUCUCGGUUGGGUUUAGUUCUACCCUUGAUCGUUCAUUCAUAAUACUUUUGUUUCGUCUGUAUUUUUUAAGGCCGUUGGGGGUGUUAGUGUCUAUCCGCGCUGUCCCUGCCGUGACGGACAGCAGUUCGUUGUUGCCUAAUAGACUGUUGGUUGCUUCUGAGAGACUGCUGUAUUUUUGGCAGGCGGUACAGUACCUUCUCUUCUCCUGCCCUUGAGGCGAGGUUGAAAUGCCUGGCUUGGGUUCGGUUUAGCCUAGCUGAUGUUGGAAGCUUCGUUGUGCUUGUCAGUGAAAGUUUACUUCAGGCGAAAGAGGCACAGAUGAUCAAGUCCUUUCAAUUGGAUGUGCUGAACGUGAAGUACACAUGCAAGCAACAGGUUCAAUAGUGCACCUUUGUGGCACGAGGGUUGUUUGUGGAGAUGUUUUUCACGUACUCCUUGGUUCCGGCAGAGUUGCAGUUCCUAGAAAACCUCGUCUAUAUUCGAGCGAUCGUCCGCGCACACCUCAGAAGUCUAUAGAACGACGAGUGAUGGAAGUGAUACAGAUCUGGCUGAUCCAUCCUGAUUCCGUUCGUGUCGCUACAAAGACUGUAGGGCGGAAGAGGGGUAAAAGUUCGGGGAGGAAUGUUAAUGUUUACAACCACAGCAGUAGUCCCAUGACUUGUUUAGCAUGUCGGAACUAAGAGGUCAUUGUCACUAAGUUGGUUUCCUACAUG